UGCUGUUCAAGGAAAGCAACAUGGGACUAUCUUUACAGGCUCAAUUGUGUGUUGUUGUUUUUGGAAUAUUCUUGUCCUCUUUUAUCCAUCUGCACGAGUUUAGAAAGUUGGACGGCUUUGAGUUUCCAGUAUACUCAACAGAAUAUUGUCCCAGAAAUGAAACAGAAUGGGAAGAGAGGUCUACUGCUAUUAACUGUUCUGACAAAAAUGGAUACGUAUGUUUACCGAACAAAAACAUUACGGAGCUGUUAGAGUUCUGUUAUACUAUUCCUUUCAUAUGGAUAGAAGAAGGUAUUUGUUUGUAUUUGAACAAGCGCCCCUCAAUAGUGCUUUCAUAUAACUGCAGCCAGUUCCAAUUUGGAUGUCCCAAUGCUACUCAUAAAUCUUUUGAUCUUUUUGAAAACCCAGAAUGCACGACCAUUAAAAAUGGAUGUUUCUUAGCCGAACCAUCAUGUUACAGCUCACCUAAACCGAAGGUUUGA